ACCAUAAUUAACAUAAUUGUACGAGCUAUAUUAAAUGCAAAAACGUUGUUGUGUCAUAUGGGUUUAGCUGUAAGUUUAAAAAAGAUAUAUUAAUGACAUAUUACUUUUUGCAUACUAAAAUGUUCUUAUUGUGCAUUGUUAUUUUUUUUGUUACCAUCCCGACAGUAACAUGUGAAGGGGGUGCAAUUUGUGACUGUCAGGAAGUUGGAAUAUUAAAGGAUAUAGUACAACAAGUUCUGAUAGAACAACGAAUGGAGUCUGCUAGAAUCAGUAGAUUAGAAGCGAGACUUAAGGCAUACGAGACGACUGGGCCGAUUCCAAAUGAUCGUCUAGAAAAGUUAGAACAAAACGUUAAAGAUAUCAAUAUGAAAUUUAAUGAAACAGUCACCGGAGCAAAGGAUAAACACACAGGAAUCAAUCGAGGCAUUGGUGCCAUUGUGAAGAAGACACUAAUCUCGGAGAAAAAAGAAAGACAAAAAUUAGUUUCAAACAUAAAUGAAAUAGUAAAUGAACAUAAGGAAAUCAUAGAAAAAUUCAAAGUUGUAAUUAACAAUACUAUAGACGAACGUUUCGAAUAUAUAACUGCUAUGCAAGUCAAAUACAAGAAAGAAAUUCAAGAAUUUUUAGAUGAUACGGCAAACGAUACUGUCAGUUUUAUCGAAACCGUUUUUAGCAACAUCUCUUCAUUUGAAAAUAAACUUAUGACAGACGUUAAUGGAAGACUUAAUAGUAUCAAAGAACUGGAUAAAAAUAUUCAACGCAUUUCAUCAGAUAUUGUCUCAGUAAAUCAAAGUGUAGGGCAGAACAGAAUGGUCGUAGAUACUUUAAGUAAUCAAGUGAAAGAAAACAAAGAAUGGGAUCAGUGGUCUUCCUGGGGAGAAUGUUCUGAACUGUGUGGUGCUGGACUAAGAGAACGAGUAAGGACGUGUGCAUCACCAUUUGGGUGCAUAGGCAGCUCUAAGGAUUUCAAAAUAUGCCAUAUCGAAACUUGCAAAGUUCGAUUAGUUGAAGGGUCAAACCAGUAUGAAGGGAGACUGGAAGUAUGGCAUGAUAACACUUGGGGGACAGUAUGCGAUGAUGAGUUUACAGCGCUAUCAGCAAGUGUUGUUUGUAAGAUGCUAAAUUAUCCACAUAACAAUCCUCUAGUAUUUAAGUCCGCAUACUUCGGCGCUGGAAAACUGCCAAUACACUUGGACGAUGUUAAAUGUACGGGGACUGAGAUAAGCUUACCUCAAUGUCCACAUAGAAGUUGGGGAUUAAAUGAUUGUUCUCAUGACGAAGAUGUCGGCAUAUCAUGUACACAAAUUCGGUUGGUUAACGGGUUAAAUCGGUAUGAAGGGAGACUUGAAGUAUGGCAUGAUAACACUUGGUGGACAGUAUGCGAUGAUGCUUUUAGUGCGCUGUCAGCAAAAGUUGUUUGUAAGAUGCUGAAUUAUCCAUUUACUAAUCCUAAGGUAUACAAGGAGGCACACUUUGGCAGUGGAACAUUACCAAUACUUUUAGACCAAGUAAAUUGUAAGGGAUCUGAAACAAGCUUGCUUCAAUGUUCACAUGCAGGGUUGGGAAGACAUGAUUGUGGUCACCAUGAACAUGUUGGUAUAUUAUGUAAAUAAGCUGAAUGCAUUAUGAAACAACAAGAAAGGUACCUAGACCAUUUUAUUCAAAUGUUGUUUACAAUAGGUUUGGAGACCCUUUUUCAUUAUCAAGACAUUUGUCUUCUCCGAUUCGAUAUUAUAGUUAAACGUUCCGAGCAAGUAUGAACAAAGACCUGAUAUUUCAUUUAAUUAAAGCUGAAGUAAACAUAGCAUAUUUUCUUCAAAUUCAUACAAUACUUUCAUAUUGCAUAUGAAAUUAUUUGCUACAAUGACGCUUAAAGCUGUUGCUAUUUGAUAACAAACACAAAACAGGCAAUAUAUACAUGUUUAUAUAUGAAACCGAACCUUCUCGGACCUAUGUAAUGCACAUAUUUAGUGUCGUUCUACCUAUAUGAACAUUUUGAUGCUGUUCAUUCAAUCAAAAGUGUUUUGCGUGAUUCUGAAUGUCUUCUCCGAAUCAUUUUUGUUAUGUUUAUUUUAGCAACUCAUUAAAGAAUUUUUUGUUCUGAUUGUAACAUUACCGUGAGUCUGAAUGUCUUUUCCGAAUCUUUUUUGUUAUGUUUAUUAUCGCUUCUCAUUAAUGAAUUUUUGUUCUAAUUUUUACAUGAUACGUUUACCUUCAGUGUUAUUUAGAAUAGAAUACAUACAUACAAUAGAUUAGAAUUGGUUAAAAAAAAUUUAUAUCAUUUAACAUAAAAAUAAGAAAAUGUAGCAGUUGAAAAAAGAUGUCACCAUUUCCUGUAAGUAAUGCUGCAUAUUCAAAGUUCCUAAAAUAGAUAAAAUCAGUAUCUAAGAAUAUUUUUAGAAUGAUUUGUAGAGAAUAAUAUUGUGCGGCUGCAUUUAGUAAUAUUGUUGAUAUUAAAAACUAAAUGCUUGUAACGUACACCAAUAUAGACAUAAUAAAAUUGAUAAUGCAUGAUUCAACAUCUAUUUAAUAAAUAACAAAUUAAUAAACGCAACACCAUUGCUCUAUACAAACGUCACAUGGUGAAGUGUUGAAUUUUGAUUUCAAAACUUAAGAAAUAAUUUUUAUAUUGCAUGUAUCAUCAUUAAUGGGUCGUGUAAUUAUCAUUCAGACAUUUGCUUUUAAGAAAGUACGAAAAUGUACAUUUUGAGCAGUCGAUAACAAUCAUAUUUGGUGAAAUCUUAAGCCGUUUACGCUAUGUCACAAACCUUAUUAGGUCAGUAGA